CGGCCGGAGGCGCCCGGGGCGUCCGCUUCCCCUCCGGGGCCAGUGUCCGUGUUUAUGCUGAAAGUCCAGGUGAAUGACAUCAUCAGCCGCCAGUACCUGAGUCAGGCCGUCGUGGAAGUGUUUGUGAACUACACGAAGACCAACUCCACGGUGACCAAGAGCAAUGGCGCGGUGCUGAUCCGGGUGCCCUACACGCUAGGACUCGGCUUGACCAUUGUUGCUUACAAAGAUGGCUACGUGUUGAACCCACUGCCCUGGAGGACUGGGAGGAUGCCCAUAUAUUCAUCAGUUACACUUUCGCUGUUCCCACAAAGCCAAGCGAAUAUAUGGCUGUUUGAAGACACUGUUUUGAUUACUGGAAAAUUAGCUGAUGCCAAAUCUCAACCAAGUGUUCAGUUUUCAAAAAGUUUAAUUCAACUUCCCGACAACCACCACAUUAGCAAUGUUACUGGCCACCUCACGGUCCUGCAGCAGUUUCUGAAGGUGAACAACUUUCAGUAUACAAGUGGAAUUACACUCAGUAAACCAGGAAAAAGCCUUGCAGAUACUCGCCACAUGACUGUUAGGAAAGUACUGUCAGCUCUAAAGAUAUGCAGGUGUACCUGGUGUUUUCUGUUUGCCUUCCUUUCAGGUGCUUGGGUGAACUCGGGCCGAGGAGUGGUCAGAGACCAGGACAAUCAUUUAAUUUGGACUUACGAUGCUCCACACUUGGGCUACUGGGUGGCAGCUCCAUUCCCAGGAACUAGAGGUUCAGGAAUGAAUGAGGAUUCCAAGGACAUAACAGCCUACCACACAGUGUUUCUUACAGCCAUAUUGGGAGGAACAAUUGUCAUUGUCAUUGGAUUUUUUGCUGUACUCCUUUGUUACUGCAGGGAUAAGUGUGGUACUCCACCAAAAAGAGAAAGAAAUAUCACUAAACUUGAAGUCCUCAAAAGAGACCAGACCACUUCAACGACACACAUUAAUCACAUUAGUUCAGUCAAAGUGGCAUUGAAACCUGAGGACAAGUCACAAUUAUUCAAUGCCCCCAACCCUUCCUACAGCCCUCAGAAGAAGGAACCGUCAAAGGCAGAAGCAGAAGAAAGAGUUUCCAUGGUAAAAACUCGGGACACUUUUAAAAUCUACAAUGAAGAUGUUUCAUUUCUAUCAGCCAAUGAAAACAGUUACUCAAGAAAACCGGGGCAGUCCUUGGCGCCCAGUACGGGGCCGAGGCAGCCCAGACACCUUCACAGCAGCCUGUCUUCUUCAUUAGGUGGUGCCUCUGAGGAAAAGCGGUAUCUCACGGGGACGGAGGAGGGGUACGGGUGCUCCCAGAUUCCUGAACAGCUCAUGCAUAUCUACAGCCAGCCCAUCGCCAUCCUGCAAACCUCGGACCUUUUCUCCACCCCAGAGCAGCUACACACUGCCAAGUCUGCCACUUUGCCAAGAAAGGGACAGUUAGUCUAUGGCCAACUGAUGGAGCCAGUAAACAGAGAGAACUUUACACAGACAUUGCCCAAAAUGCCAAUGCAUUCUCACGCCCAGCCCCCGGAUGCCCGGGAGGAGGACAUGGUGCUGGAGGGUCAACAGAGUCUGCCAUCCCAGACCUCAGACUGGAGCCGCUAUUCCAAUAGCCUCCUGGAGUCCGUCUCUGUGCCCGGAACCCUGAAUGAAGCUGUCGUCAUGACUCCAUUUUCCUCUGAGCUUCAGGGCAUUUCAGAACAGACUCUCCUGGAGCUCUCCAAAGGAAAGCCCUCCCCUCACCCCAGAGCUUGGUUUGUGUCUCUUGAUGGAAAGCCAGUUGCGCAAGUGAGGCACUCCUUCAUAGACCUGAAAAAGGGCAAGCGAACCCAGAGCAAUGACACCAGUCUCGACUCCGGGGUGGACAUGAAUGAGCAUCACUCGAGCAGGAAGCUGGAGAGGGAGAGGACCUUCAUCAAGAGCAUGCACCAGCCCAAGAUCCUGUACUUAGAAGACCUAGACCUGAGCAGCAGCGAGAGCGGCACCACCGUCUGCUCCCCGGAGGACCCCGCGUUGAGGCACAUCCUGGAUGGAGGGAGUGCGGUCAUUGUGGAGCACCCGGGGGAGGAGUCCCCGGGAAGAAAGAGCGCUGCGGAAGAUUUCGAAGCCAACACUUCCCCCACUAAAAAGAGGGGCCGACCUCCACUCGCCAAGAGAGAUAGCAAGACGAACAUCUGGAAGAAGCGAGAAGAGCGCCCUCUGAUUCCCAUCAAUUAGCUCGUGAGGAGUUGCGUUCCCGCAUCUUGCGUCCUGUGUUCUUGCUGCUUCUUGUGAAUCGCAGUAUGAACUUCAGAAAUUGGGACUGAGCCAUCUUACGGUUCCUGGACGUGGCUCAAGCAGGGUCAAUCGCAGAAGGAUAAUUCAGUCAGUCAUCAGAGAGAAAGAUCCCAAGGGAAGGUGUUUCUGGCCUGUUCUUUUCUUUUUAAGUGAUGAAUUUGAAGUAUCUAAGUUUUCAAAACAUAAAAUAGUGUUGAGAUGUUAGUUGAUCUGUUUGCCAAUUCAGCACUGACUCUUUUAAGAGGAAGAGUAAACCGUGACCUCCCAAAGUUGCACCCCCAGAUGUCACCUCUGCCUUGAUGGCGACCCUGUGGAACAUUUAGAAAUGAAACCUCUCCAGGCAUUAUCCUUGUGAAAUGUUACAGUUAUGUCCUCCUUCACCUAGACUUAAAAAACAACUUGAUAAAGGUUUGGACUGUUGUUAUCCUAGAGUUUAAAGAGCAAACAACAUUUUCUUUGUUUGAGAUAAAUAGCAUGUGUAUUGUAUCACCCCAGAAGUAAACUCUACACUCAUGUAAAAUGGGCAAGAAUCUUCUUGGUCAUUAGGCGGAGUUGUUUUUGAACAUAACGUCACAGAAUAGAGACGGUGUUGAUUUGUUGUAUGGAAAUUUGAGAAAUGAAUAGUCUGAUACUGGAUUUUUAAAAUUUUUAAUCUAUUCCUUUUUCCUCCCCUCAAGGAUUAAGUGACCUUAGCUAAGAAGGAACUUGUUUUUUCUUUUAACUAAUCCAAAAAUCAAAACAAGACAAAACUAUGACACUGUAAAUUAAAAUCAACUUUAACAUUUGCUGUUUCAAAAUCCCAACCUAAGUCACUUAUAGGCUAUCAGGCUUGACUUAGAAAUAUGAUCUGAGAGUUGUUUGUGAACAGCAAAAUGUUAACAAGUUACAUGGAGAUAAAUUACACGUCUCACCUCGAGUUGCAAAAAAAAAAGAAAA